AUGGCCGCAGACCGCGAGACGUGGACCAACUGGGACACGCGCCAGGUGUGCCAUCCCGCAGCGCACGCGCGCCCGUCGAGCCUGCCCGAGCUGCAGGCGGUCGUGGCCCAAUCCAGCCACAUCCGCGUCGCCGGCGCCGGGCACUCGUUCUCGCCCAUCGUGUUGACCAACGAGACGCUCGUCACGCUUGAAAACUACGCGAGCCUUCUCGAGCUCACGCAAGACACGAUCACGGUCCAGGCAGGCAUGCCGCUGCACGUCCUCAACGAGAUCCUUGCGGCCCACCAGCGCGCGCUGCCCAACGUCGGCGCCGUCGCGGUCCAGACCGUCGCGGGCGCGACGUCGACAGCGACGCAUGGCACGGGCAACACGGGGUCCAUCUCGGCGGGGAUUGUGGCCAUGGACAUUGUCGUCGCCAACGGCUCGGUCGUCCACAUAGACGGCGGCGGUCUCCUCAACGCGGCACGCGUCGCCAUGGGUACGCUCGGCGUCGUGAGCUCCAUUACGUUCGAGCACGUUCCGCUCUGGCACAUGGAGCAGAUCACGUUCAACAUGCCGCACGACGAGUUCAUCUUUGAUUUGCGCAAGCUCCAAGCGGUCUUUCCGCGGCUACAAUGGUACAUGGCCAACCUUCCGCACGACAAGACGGUCACCGUCGUCUUGCGUGUCAACACAAGUGCGCCCAUCACGACUGGCUGCUGGAACGGCUCGUACUCGGCGCCGUCGACGCCGCCGCCGCUCACAUGGUCGUCGUGGCCCGAGGGCACGAAAGCAUGCGUCGACGUGAGCUACAAGACACUGGGGCGCGUUGGCGACAACAACACCAAGCUCUUUACAGAGAUGGAGAUGAUGAUUCCCGCGGAGCGCGACCUCGACGGACUCGCGCGCAUGCUCGAGCUCCACGCCAACCUCGCGCCGGCCCACGACCCGUCGAUUCCCAUCUUUCUCGGGGUCCGGUACGUCCAGGCGGAUGCGAUUUGGCUCUCGCCCUUUUACGGUCGCCACACGGCCGUCUUUUCGACCAUUGUGUACGCCAACGCGAGCAACGCAGCGAAUGUCUCGACGGCGCUCGCAACAUACCACCACGGCAUGCAGAACGUGCUGUCGAGCAACUUUGGCGCGCGGCCGCACCUCGGCAAGGUCAACUACUUUGACGCGAGCAUGAUGCGCAAGGUGUACCCGCGCUUUGACCAUUUCGUCCAGCUCCAAGCGACGUGGGAUCCGACUGGCAAGUUCCUCAACCCAUAUACGUCGCGCCUCUUGCGGCUGCCGACGACGACGACGACGGGGCUUCUCUGGCCGCUCGCCGUCCUCGCGGGUAUCGUGCUCGUGGGCAUGGGGAGCGUCUGGCUCCAGCAAGCGCACCGCAAGACGGGGUACCAAGCAUUGGCCUGCGACUCGUCUGUCGAGAAGAACGCAGUUCAUCAUUAUUGA